AUGGCAGCCGUGCAUACCUGCGGGAGUGGAUAUGCGGUCUUUCUGAAACGCGUGGCCUUGUCGGGUACCAGGGAGGGUGCGCUCGGGGAGGCCGGUGUGGGGAGGCGGCAAGCGUGGGGCCGGGAGGAGGCCCAGGAGGUGGCGGAGGCAGGCCUGCGCCCGGCUGGGACCCGGGACCCGGCGCGGUUUCUAGGCUCCGCUUCGGAGGGCAGCGGCCAGCGGCGUCGUGCAGCGUUAGCCACAGCGGCAUCAGCCCGCAGCGGGCGGUCCCCACAUGGUCCCCAGCGGCGGUGGCCGCCCCCGGGCCCCGGGGCCGCAUUUCCGCCCGCGCAUGCGGCCCGAGCUGCUUGCGCCGCCCUCACCCCCUUCGCACCUGGAGCCAAAUUUCCUCUUCGCGGUUCUAUGAAUGUGACGCAGGCGAAACAGGCAAACCCCAUCCGAGCCUUCUGGCUGUCUUGGAACUUCUCUCCCUCCCAUCCGCUGAAGAUCCCACACACUUCAUCUGCUGAGGUUACGUGAUGUGGACAGCAAGGGCUGCCCCAAUCACAACCACCGCUGUCUGCCCUGUCUCGGUCACGUUACCAAGGAGAAAGAUUCACAUUUCAUGAGCCUGAUGGGAUGUUGUUGACAUUCAGAAGAAGAUGAGUAAAAGGCUGAGUGUCAGGCUUGCCCUUCUCGGCAAGUACGUUUCACCAUUUACCUGUUCGGAAAGACCACCAGGACUGUUGGCUUUCAGCCUGUCAGGGCCAGCAUUACACUCUUGCUGCUGACCUUGGACUGGCCUGACUUUCCAGCCCUGAGUCGGUCUAGUCUGCGGACCUUGGCCCCCUUGACAUCCACAGGACAUGGAGUCCGUCCGCCCUUGGCGAGGCUGUGAGCAGGUGAGCAGGAAACAGCAGGUGCUAGUCUAGACACCGAAGAAGCGCAUGUGUGCGGAGCGGAGAAAAGCCACAGGAACUCAAGGGCCCAGUGACCCCGCUCCCCACCUCCACCUCUGCCCCUGGCCCCAGGCCCCCUUAACCCCUCCGGUGUUUUCCAUAGCAUGCCGCUUUCUAACCUGCUGUGUCUUUUACUUGAUGAUUACACUCAUGUUUACUGUGUGCCUUCCCUGCUAGAAUGUUUGUUCCUUCAAGCAGAGCAAGGGCUUUUGUCUGACUCGUUCACUGAUGAGUCCGAAAUGCCCCAGGAAUGGCUGGCACCUUGUAGACGUUUGUGUGGAUGCGUUGUGUGAACCACAUUCCAUCUUGGCAAAUAGUCCCGUUAUAAUAAUACUCCGUCCUUGAAUUACGAUGUUUGAGCAUGCCGUCUGAUUGCUGUUGAAGUUCUGUUGAUACGAUGAGCAGUCAUCAUGGGUACCUGGCUGGCUCCAUCGGGGGAGGACUUUUGAACUCAGAGUCACGAGUUCGAGCCCCACUUAAAUAAAAGUUUUUUAAGAACUUAGUAAGAAAAUUGGGG